AUGGCUACCCAUGACCAGCUCAAUCCACUCUCUGCUUUCAACCAACAAGCCUUUGAAGAUCCAUAUCUCUCAGGCCCUUCCGAUCUAGAAGAGUUUGGCUUUGAACAGCAACAGCAUACACCAAGUGUUUCGUCUGCUGAUCCGCCAAGUCGCUUAUCCUCGUUAUCACCCGCUGACCAGAAGCUUUCGAGCGAUGCGUCAAUGCAUAACUAUGAGUACAACGACGCUCCAUUCGACGAUUCCAGAUAUAUUGACUUCAAUGGACCGGGAUCUACUGAUCCUCUUUUCCUAGACGAUAUGCUAUCAGUCGAGGAUGGUCAGGUUUCGGCCUUUCCAAAUGUGGAUACUUAUAUCCAGACGAAAAGCGAGUACCAAGAGAACGAGGACCAGAAGCCAACUCAGCGUCAACUUCAACCCUCCAGGUUAGCUAUUCCGGAUUCUGCCUACAGUAACGACAACUCUCAGGGACACAAUCGUACAAGGUCGGCACCAUCACUCAGUCCUAUAGUCAAGAUAUCUCAGGUUCACCGGGGUGACUCCCCCACAAGAGAAAACGAUGGAUGGAACCCACUCAAGAACAAGCGCUCGUCAGUCCACUUGUCUCCCACGGGUGGUUCCGCAGAUGACAGUGAUGAUCAAAACGAAGAGAUCAGUAAUAGUCAGCGGAGUUUGUCGCCUUCUCGAGCCGAAGAUGGUUCAUGGAUUCCAGAUGCAUCGACUGGUCAGGCAGGCGUCGACCCCUACGCUCGGAAUGAUGAAUUUGGCCCUAGCCCAAAGGACCUAGAGGAGCAACGUCAGCUUGCUGAGAAAGAAGUCGAUAUCCGUAUAUGGUCCGCCUCGGUGUCUGUCGCGAAUAGUGAAGCAGGCGAUGAUUCUAGUCCGUGGGAAGCACCUCGAGGCAGAACCCGGGCCGUUAGUGCUGUUGAAACACGACAAGACUACUUCAGCCUCAUGAGACCCGACGACUCUCGCAUCCCAGGGCCUGGGCGACUCAUACACGAACUAGAUCCAGGAAGCGAUUUUGAAACUUUGUCUAACAUCUCUCAUGCAGAUUCUCAUGACGGACUGCCUGCUCUCGACUACAUCCCAGAAGAAAACCAGCUUGCCGAACAACUCAAUCGAGCAUAUCCAUGGAAGGACGAACCUCGAUACUCAUUUCCACUUGCGAUAAAGACUCAACCAGAAACCUCACGAUCGGCAAUGCAACUAUACGAGGAAAUGGCUAAAGAGAUGGACAAGGCUUCUCGUGUUGGUACCUGGGGUUCUUCGCGGCGGAGGCUUAAUGAUGCUGAAGUCGACAGUCUCUUGAAAUCAGAUAGCUUCUUUAAGAAUCUUUCUCUCAACACGGCAGCUAUCCGCAAACUAUUACCGAAGCGAAGUAGCAAUUCCUUGAAAGAUAAGAGACGAUAUUUUAGACAACCAAGCUUUGAACCAGAGCCGACCGAUCCACCCCAGAAGAAGGAGUCGGGUAUCGCUGCUAGACUUUCACGCCGGCCAAGUUUGAAUCGUCCCAAAUCCCCCACUCACAUUAUGGCUGCUGCCAUCGCUGGCUCAAUGGCUGCCAGUAUUGGAAGUCACAACUCACUUUCAGCCAGGUCGCCAGUGAGUCCUGGCGGAGGGUCGCUUAGUGCAGUAGUGCCUUGGAGCAGAUCAAGAAGCAAGAGUGAAGGCUCGGGACCAACGCCACUAAUCAGAUCACUGGCUAUACCAACCCUAGAACAACGGCAGGGAGCACAACAAAAGUCCUCCCCUUUGGUUGAGUCUCGGGCAUCCGUAGGACUGGACGCUGAUGAAGACGACGACGAUGACUCUUCUGACGACAAGGGUAUAUUCAUGGACUUAGCACCCACAUUGCAGCAGAUCGUACCGACAUUGGAGGGCUUCAAACGGCAAAUUUCUCUCUUGGACCCACGGCUUGAACCUGCUUUACUACAACGUUUUGCCAUUGAACAGUUACGUCGUUACAAGAAGUUGAUUGAUGAGCAAUCCAGACACGUUGCACUAGCCCAAUCAGGACACUGCGAUGCUGGCGAGAGAUGUUUUGCGUCUGGUGGUCGUGCCAAGUUACUUCCUCCCCGGGCGAAUGCCAAAGAUCCUGGCGCUACUUAUUGCCAGUUCCAGAUUCCAGGUCAUGAAAAUAGCGAUGACGACGAUGAGUUUGACGAGGAGAACAAUCAAUCUCUUGAGAAUUCUAUUAUACCCGCCGUGUUUGCUGACGGCAUCCGGAUGCCUCCUGUCAAGCGGCUGCCUGCGGAAUUCGAGUGUUCGUUGUGUUUCAAGGUUAAGAAAUUCCAGAAGCCAUCCGACUGGACGAAGCACAUCUAUGAAGACAUCUAUCCGUUUACUUGCACGUUCCCCGACUGUGUUGGUGAACCAAAGUCAUUCAAGCGCAAGGCUGACUGGGUUCGCCAUGAGACUGAGCGUCACCGACAUCUGGAAUGGUGGGCAUGUAACAUGCCAAACUGUGAUCACAAGUGCUUCCGAAAGAACAACUUUGUGCAACAUUUGGUUCGAGAACAUAGGAAACCCGACCCUACGGCGAAGAAGGCCAGAGGGUCCGCGGCUAGUGGCAGUGCCAAUGCCGCAGCACAUGACACAGAGAUCGCCAAGCUGUGGAAACAGGUGGAAGAAUGCCACCAUGAGACCCAGAAGAAGCCCGAGGAAGAGCCAUGUCGGUUCUGUGGCAAUGUCUGCAAGGACUGGAGAAAGUUGAUGGUACAUCUAGCCCGACAUAUGGAGCGGAUCGCAUUGCCUGUCUUGCGUCUUGCUGAAGAGCACUCUUCAUCAACGAAUAGAACAGCGAAUAUAUAUGAAGCCACCCCCGCGCCGGCACCCUCGAUAUCAGUUUAUAACUCUGUCGAACCGAAUCUAAGUCUGAAUACGAAUGAUAUGGCUGGACUCGGCGAACCCACCAUGUCUGACGGGAAUAUUAGCAGUCCUAUGCAACCAAUGAUGAUGCCAUACGAUCCUCAACAAGGAUCCCACAUGUUAUCACCCACGAGGAGCAUGGACAUGUCUCCAUCAGGCACAACAUACCCACCAGCAUCAGCUUCAUCCUACUUACAACCUCACUAUACACCAGCUCACCGUAAUUCAAUGUCCUAUCCACCUGCGCCUAACGCGAAUGGAAUGGCAACUCGACAACCAACUACCAUGCCAACCGCUUCUAGUAGCAACAUUGGCCCUGUAAUUUAUCAGCAAUUACACAUCUCAACCAUAGGACUCGACGCGCAAGAACCGCUCUACCAAUCCCCGCAAGACACAUGUUUCAACCCAGACGAUUAUCUGCCUGCGUCUACUUCUGUUGGUGUUGCGGGCUACACAUCAGCCCCUAUGGUCAAUUAUACCAUGCCGACGUCCUCAGAAACAGUACCCAACGGUCUGGAUAAUGUAGCGUAUAUGCAGAGCGCGGCAGCGAUGACGGCGGCAGCGGCGCAGAUGCAGGAUAACAGCCAUACAUAUCCUCCGGCUACGUAUCACUUUCAAUGA